CAAUGCGACUGCGAGCGCAAAUUUAACGCGCGCUUCGCACGGAAACACACAAAACAAAGGCGCAAAACCUCAAACGCAGCAUUUUCCACUUCUCAAUAAUGGUGGACGACGACGACGACGACGAGGGCUUCGGCGAUUUCAAGUCUGCGCCAUUCAGUCGGACCGUCCUUUCCAAUUCCAUUACGGUUAACGGCCGAGAUUCAACUGUUGCUGCCAACGAUGAUGAGGACUGGGGAGAUUUUGUCAACUCCUCUGGCCUGUCGCACCCCAAAGCCUCGAAUCCCCUUGAUGCCUUCGGAUUCUCUACAGAUAAAAAAUUGGAAAACAAAGAUUCGGAAUCGAACCAGCCUGCCUCAGCACCCGGUCGGGUUAACUCGGGCAUGGUUCGAUGGGAAAGACUAAAAGGAGCUUUGCCUCUUUCAAUCUUCGGGGACGUGGACGAAGAUGAAGAAUCUGGUGUGGGCGAUCCAUCUUUUGGCGAUGGUGGUGCCAGCUUAUUCUCCAGUAAAAAUGUUGAUUCUAUGAAGAAGGGAUCGGGUUUAAAUGUGAAUGAUUUGGUUGCUAAUUCAUAUAAACAGAUUGAUCAUAAAAACGAUUGUAUAACGGAUUUGAACGGGUCAAAUUCUGUAGAUAAAACAAAUAAGAACGACAAAAAUUCAGAUUUGAAUAUAAGUUCUCUGAAAUUAGGUGUUGCUGAACUUAGUUCCAAUGCACGACCACCAGAUUCGAGUUGGAAUUGGGUAAAUUCGAAUGCGAAUGAUUUGCAUGAGAAUGGUACAAAUGGGCUGAAACUGAAUUCAAAGUGGUUGGAUUUGGAUUGGAGUCUAUUGAAUUUGAAUACACACAUAAAUAACUCAAACAAAGACGGGAAAUUUUCCGUUACAGGAGAGGCAAAAUCAAGCACAAAUAAAGCUAAUUCUGUUUCGGCUGCUGAAAAUGGGAGGUUUGAUAAUGGAGAUAAUGAUGGGUGGGGGUUCAAGGAUUCGCAAGCACAAACUCCGAUGGAUGAUGAGCUUUCCAAGACAAAUCAAAUCAAGACUAAGAACGAGCCGGUACCUAAUCUUAAUGGAUUAAAACCAUGUUGGAAUGAACUGAGCUGGGAUCUUAAUGGGUGGAACGUGAAUGUUAAUAGAGUUAAUUCAAGUGCAACUUCAAUAAAUACGGAUCUGGUUGAUGAAAAUAAGGCAGUUGAUAAUGGUGAUGAAGAUGAUUGGGAGUUCAAGGAUGCUCGGCCCAAAACUCUAAUGUCUGAUGAGGUCUCUAAGGUGAAACAAAUCAAGAUUGAGAAUGGGCUAUUACCCAAUCUUAAUGGAAUUAAUCCAGUUCUGGUUGCUGAAAAUAGAGAAGUUGUUGAUGAUGGUGAUGGGGAUGAUGAAUGGGAAUUCAAGGUUGCAGAUUCCAAGCCUCAGGUUGAAGUUGAUAAGAAAAUGCCAGAAAAAUUCGAGGGAGCACUGUACACAUCUAGUUUUGGCAAUGGCGUACAUGGUAUAUCGAAUUUUGGAUUUGAUUUCAACUCAAGCUAUAAAAAUAAGGAGAAUGAUAUUGAAAAGAAGUUGCAUUAUCCCCAAGUUGAUGCCAAAGUUGGUUCUGAUGAAAACUCCUGGGCAUUUAAGGAUGCAUUUCCAGAAGCUGGAUCAAAGGAUAAGGAAGAGCACAACAUUGCUGAAGUUUCUCUUGCUGUUGAAGCAUUGGUAUUUAAUGAAGUCCAGGGGAACAAGGUAAGGGCAGACAACCACAAGGGAGCCCUGCCCCUGUCCCUUUUUGGUGAUGAAGAAACAGAAGCAGAUGAUCCUGUGAUCGAUCAAGACAUUUCAGCUCAGUUCACCUCUGAUCAAAGAGUUGGCGUUAAGAAUCCCUAUUUUAAUAUUCCUAUCAAUGAUCUAAUUUCAAGAUUAUACAGUCAAGCUGAGCAGAGUACUUCAGUUAAUCGGGAACAAAGUCUGAGUGAAAAUGGACUAGAUUCCACCAAAACUGUGAUGUCCUCUAAUUUGGGAAAUGCUAAUCAUGAUUUUGAUUAUGAUUCCUGGGAAUUUCAAGAUGCCUCUGCAGGAGCCAGAGCUGAAGAUCAGUUCUCUGUUAUUGGUCUUCAAGAGUCUCAUACAAAAUAUUCGACCAAAAUAGAGCUAAAUGAUUAUGUUGAAUUAUUUUCCAAAUUGAAGAAAGAAUUGUACUAUAUUGCACUGUGCCAUCUGGAAAAUCUAAAGAAAACUCAAAGUGCUGCUGCUCUCAUUGGUGAAGAUGCAAAAGUGCAAGCUCUUGAUAGAGAAAUACAGGAUCUUACUAAUGAAUUGCACAAAGAUAGUAUUUCCUCGGGUGAAGCCUACUCAGAGCGUCGCUCACAGGAAAAUAUAAGCCUCCAUAUGUUUGUUAAAGUUUUGCAUGAACCCAAGUUCCAAGAUUUAGAGUCAGAAUGUCAUUUAACAAAAAAAUUGUCACUAGCAGAGAGUGAUUUUAGGUCAGCACUUGAACUCCUCAAAUAUGUUUCCUUCACACUAAAAGUUUUAAGUUCAGUACCAAGGGAGGAGCAAUCUAGUUAUAUUUCUGCAUGGUCUAAAAUGCUGUCUGUUUGUGCACAAGAACUGAGGCACGGUGCCUUCAUCUGGAAACGGUCAUUACAAGAGAAUGUCCAUGACCAAAUAUUAUCUAAACCUCAAGGGAAGAAAUAUGUCCUUGCCCUUGGUGAAAUUUACAGAGUUGUUGAAGUUAUUCGAUUGUCAGCAGAACUUUAUAAGCCAUGGAUAUUAGCAAGUUCAACAGAUUCCAUGGGCAUAUUUACUCUUCUAAGCAAGUGUUCUUUAAUAUGGUCAAGUUCAGGACUUGAAAUGGCCCUGCUUGGCAUUUUGAAUUCACCUGAUUUUGAAUAUGGGGAAAGUCUCAAGACAAUAUUAGAAUCUAUUAAGUACAUACAUGAUCUGGAUUCCCACACACUUUAUAAUCAUGUUGUCUCUGGACAAGGUCCUAUCUGUCAACUGUCUGCUUUAACUGCCGGAAUGGUGCCAGGGAUGAAAACAGUGGUCUGGAAUGGACAGCAUUGCUUUCUCACUCUCGCCAAUUUAUGGGCAAAUUUAGUUAGCAGUGAACCUCCAAAUUUACCAUGCAUACAUGUUGGCUGAUGAGAGUGCUGGGAUAAGUUGGAUAUCUUUUUAGCAGCUAGUUACCUGUCAGAGGAACCAUCUAAUCGAUUUAAGCCAUUUAUGACAAGCCUUGCGGAGCACAAACCAUUUGCGAUGAGGCUCCUGGGCAUAAACCACAAGCUGCAUCACAAGGAUUGGACUCGGGGAUGUCAGAUUAACAGUAUGAAACUGAAGAUGUAAAUGGCUGAAUAGGUACUUGGGAGUGACCAGGUGAAGAAUCCAGGUCCACAUUCAUUCUUUUUAUUUUCUUCUUUGUUUUUUUUCUUUUUGUUUUUUCUUAUAUUUUACUGGUUGCCAUUCAUUACAAGGAAUAUGUAACAUAGCAAUUGGAUGUAGAGUCGUGGUGUUUAUGAAAUGGGUAUAUCAAAUACCACCCAUAUACCUAGAAACAGAUAGGAUUGUGACAUGUAUACGGUUGCUUCUCUCCAGAAUCCGCCCACUCUCUAUUCUUUGCCCCUUUUUUUCCUGUUACAUUAUGAGUGAUGUUGUAAGCAAUUCUACUAUCAAAUUACCACAUUGUUUACUUCAGCAAAAUGCAUAUUUUGUUUGCAAUAACCAAAGUUGCAGAGGAAUUUAUUA